AUGUCGUAUAACGCAGCGAGUAAAAUACUCGAUUCUUUAUCCGAAGACAAAUUAAAAAAUUUAACGAAAGAACUUCUAAAAGCGUUAGAACCAUAUUUGACAAAAGCAAUCAAUAGAGGAGUGUACGAUGAAAAUUUAAUUCCUACAUUAAUGCAAGUGGGUGGUAACGAUGUACUUUACAAUUCUGAAUUAUUGGGUAGAUUUCAUUACAUUAUUGACGAUACAUUUGGAGAUGCUGUGGAUAAAGAAAUUGAACAUUCAAUGUUAGGUGAUGCAAAAUUAAAAAGUAGUCAUAAUUAUAGACGUUCAACUUCCGAAACUCCGACAGCAACAACGGCUAAAAACGAUCCAAAACGUCCGAAUCGUCAAACAGUGAAUUCAAAGCAAGCUGUGGCGUUAGAAAAUGAAGGUGCAUCAACAAUCAGCCAUUCAAUUUAUCAAAGUCGUGAAUUUACUAAUUUUAAAAACGAAUCACUUCGACGACUAGGAACAACAGUAACUCAUCUUGUAGACAAUUUCGAUACUGAAUUUUCAAAUAAAAAUUCGGUAUCUGUUCUCAGUGAAAUAAUUGAACCAAGAGGUGGCACGUGUUCCGGAUAUAAUGCGAGUUAUGCAAGUGAUUCAGAAUCAUCGUUUGGAAAUGGUUCGGUUAAUCAUAACAGUUUCAUGUUUUUCGACGACAGUCAUUUGAGACUUGUAGCUGAAAAUUUAAAUAAAAGCAAAUCAGAGAAAGUUCGUCUUCGUGCAUUGCAUGAUUUAUUAAAUUAUGCUCCAAACGAAGUUAUAUCAAUAGACAAUUGGAAAUUGUUGUGCAAAGGGCUUAUCGCAGCUUUGGGAGAUUCAAAUCAAGAAAUUGCAACUGCUUGUUUAAUAUUACAUUCACGUGUAUUGGCAACAGCUCAUCCAAAUGUUGUCUGUGAAACACUAACAAACUUGGUGGAACAUCUUCUACAAUGGUUUCCAUCGCAAAAAGAAAUACUAUCGACAUCUGUUUUAGAUGUUUUAUCGUCUCAUAAUGAUUUGACCUUGAAACAGAUUCGCUUAUUAUUAGAGUUUUUACAAGAGACCACUAAAUAUUGGAUGCGACAUUCGGAAAGUUUUGUAGAACAUGUGGUUAAUGAAACAAUACGUUUAUUCUCAUUUGGUUCAAUACUUGAAAAUAAUCUCGGUGAAUUGACGCCAUUACAUUUUGUUUCAUUACUUGAUCCACAUGCAAACUGGUUUCGAACCUGGAUGCAUGCAUUCUAUAGUCGAAAUUAUGUAUUAAAAUCAUUGAAAAAUUCCAAAGCAUUUCUACGCAAUACAUUUCAAUCUGUUGUUAAUUAUGCCUAUUUGAAUCAGUUUGAAAAUAAUAAUUAUGGAAGUAGUGGAAUAAAAAAACGAUCGAUUGGUACAGCAUCACCAGAAGGUAGUACAUCAACAUUAACCUAUCCAGCAUUAGCUUCAUUACAAAGCAAUAAUCCAAUGACACAUUCAUUUAUAUCAACAAUAUCCUAUUCUACUACAUCACCACCAAAUCUUUAUAGUCGUUCUGAAAUUGAAAAUUGUCAUUUUUUACAUUCAUUAAGUAUACUUGAACAUAUUGUAUGUUUAAGACAAGGUCGAGAUUUACUAUUUCCAAUUCAAUAUGAUCAAUCAAAAGAAGUUAGUGUCAAAGAAUUAAUUCGAGUUAUUAUUCAAAUAAUGUUUUCAACUAGUGGUUAUUCGUCUUUUGAAAAAUCACCAUCAUCUUUAUGUUGUUCGGUAUUAAAACGUUUAUGUAUGGAAUCUGAUACAUGUCAAAUGUAUAUUUGUACAGAUGAUCUAUUUGAAUAUUUAUUAAGACCAAUUAAACAAUUUUUAAGUUCAAAAAAAGUUUUUAUGGAAUAUAUGCAAACACAAGCAAUUACAAGUGAAAAUGGUUUAUUAAAAUUAGCUGAAUUAUUUUCUGCUAUAGCAUCAAAUGAUUAUGGUUAUCAUUAUUUAUUAAGAGGAAAACAUACAACAUCAAUUGUUCAUGAAGAUUUAUUAAAUCAACCAAAUACUCCAGCAUUAUUAAUUGUUCAAUAUGUUAAACGUAUUUUAACACAAUAUUCACUAUCAAAAUCAUCUCAACAAACACCUGAACCUUUAACAACAAAUAUCUACAAUUUAAUUAGUGAUUAUGUAUAUGUUUGCCGACUUAUUUAUUCAAGAUCAUCGGGUCUUUUAGCGAUAAAACGAGCAAAUUUACAUCGAACAUUGGCUGAUACAUUUAAAAACGAGGUUGAUAAAGAACAAGAUAAAACAAUUUCUCCACAAUUGCGUACUAGUCAUUCAGCUGAUUCGGAACGAAGUGUAUAUAGACUACAUGGUACAUGGAAAGAGACACUUCGAGAUAAUCUAUUGUUAUAUUCUGCAACGCCAAAAGGUGUUUAUUUAUUGACACAAACGGGUUUAUUAGGUGAAUGUAUAAGCUAUCUUGAUGACAGAUAUCGAAGUAAAAGACAGGUUGGUAAACUAGAACGAUUUGGUUAUGGAUAUCUUAUUUCUCAACUGUCUAAUACGGCUGCAGUUGCUGCUGCCCUGAAAGAAUGUGGUUUUAUCCAAUGUUUGGUAGAAGAGUUGUGGGCAGAACUUGAACAUGUACCAGAUGAUCUAACAUCAGUAUUUCCGCGUCGAUUUCCGUCGGAACCAAUUAGCCGUUAUGCACAAAAGGUAUCGGAUAUUAUUUAG